CAAAAACUUGGCUUUUUUGGGGCUGAUCCGGUUUUCGUCCAACGAAUACAUACCGGAAAAUAUAUCCAAAGGAGGAUAUGAAUUGAACCCACGGUUUAUCAGUUUAUACCGAAAUCAAGUUCUUUAGGUGUUUUGGUUAUCGCGACUUUGUUUUAUUAUAACAGAGAAACGAAAAAAAACUUAGCUAAAGAAGAUCAAAAACUUUUCUUAGGGCUUUGGAGAUUCGAGCUCGAGUAUUCAUACAAGUCUGGUGAUAUCCACGAAAAUCAGAAGACGAGAUGCUAGGAGAAUGUGGGAGGCUAUCAAAGACAGAGAAACCGGUCGAAUUCGUUCCAAUUCCUUCGCCAAUCGAUUCAAAUCCCGCCGGAUUUUGUCUCUCCAACUCUCUAAUCGAAAAGACUUUGUUUCUCCUCAUCGUGGCUCCGUUAACUCCCUUCAGGUUGAUUUGACGGAGGGGAGAUAUCUUCUCUCUGGAGCAGCAGAUGGUUCAGCUGCUGUAUUUGAUGUUCAACGGGCCACUGAUUACGAGGCAAGUGGUCUAAUUGCCAAGCACAAGUGUAUAUUUACUGUCGACAAGCAACAUGAAAAUGGACAUAAAUAUGCCAUAUCCUCUGCCAUUUGGUAUCCCAUUGACACUGGGCUCUUCAUUACAGGUUCUUUUGAUCAUUACUUAAAAGUCUGGGAUACCAAUACUGCUCAGGCGGUUGUGGAUUUUAAAAUGCCUGGAAAGGUUUAUAGAACUGCCAUGUCUUCUAUGGCAAUGUCUCACACGUUAAUUGCUGCUGGAACUGAAGAUGUCCAGGUUCGCCUCUGUGAUAUAGCUUCUGGGGCAUUCUCUCACACAUUAUCGGGUCACCGUGAUGGCGUUAUGUCAGUGGAAUGGUCUACUUCCAGCGAGUGGGUUUUGUAUACUGGGGGUUGUGAUGGUGCAAUACGUUUCUGGGACAUUAGACGGGCUGGUUGUUUCCGUGUUCUAGAUCAAUCACAGACACAACUUGGGUUCCGACCACCAAUUUUAAAGCGAACUGCGGUUGGCAGUAAGCUUUCUUCAGUUGCAAAAUCUUCUUUGGGGGGCCAAAAUAGGUUGAAGACACUGCAGAGUAAACAAACUGGAAGCCAAAGUGUAAAGGGAUCAUCUAGCGCUAAAGCUUCAGUGGAAAAGUCUCGACAGAAGAGAAUUCACCCUGGAAUGUUAUCUACUCUAGAUCGUGCUACGGCUCAUUAUGGUGCUGUUACUGGCUUAAAGGCAACUAACGAUGGGAUGUAUCUUCUUAGUGCUGGGUCGGAUUCAAGAAUAAGAUUGUGGGAUAUUGAAUCUGGACGCAACACCCUGGUGAACUUUGAAACUGGACGCAUCCAGACUAACAAAGGAAUCCAAUUAGAUACAAGCGAUGAUCCAGCUCUGGUAUUUGUUCCAUGCAUGAAGACUGUGAAGGCUUUUGGCAUGUGGUCGGGUAGAACAACACUGAUGCUUCGUGGACACUACGAAAGCGUGAACACUUGCUGCUUUAAUUCCAAUGAUCAGGAACUAUACACAAGUGGCUCAGAUAGACAAAUACUUGUGUGGUCACCAGGCGGAACAGUGGAAGAUGAAAUGGUGCAAGAUGAAGUAGCCGAAGAUAAAGACAAUUGGAGCGACUGAGAAAACAAGUUUCGGGCAGUCUUCUUUCCCAAUCUGUGAAUUUCCAUGUGCGUUGUUCUGAGUAUAGUUUUCACAAACUCGUAUUACUAUAGUCGGGUUUUGAUUGUUUAUAAAGUAAAACUGAAAUAUUUGUCAGUUAAUUAGAAUUUAGUUCAUACUACUAAAAUGAAGAUUAAACUCGUUCCGAGUCAAUGCGAACCGAAUAAACAACGAUCGACUGUAAGACCAAAACGAAUCUCUUUAUUCGGCGAAGACCAUAAAUUUGUAACUAAAGAUAACUACGUCAAAGUGUAAAAGUAAAAUAAUAAAAAUCUAUUUGAACAC